CCACAGCUUUGCUCAAUAAUUCUACUAAUGUUGUGUUCUAAAAAUCUGAAAAUUGAAUUCAGUUGAUAGUUACACUUUGGCCGUGUAGGACAUUCACAUAAAUCUUGAAAGAUUCGUAAACACACCGUAGGGCGCAAAAAUUUUUCCAAUAUUUUUAAAACUGCUGUUCCACAUCUGAUCGGUAUAAAUUUAGAACAGAACUACGCAGAGUUCACGCAGAGUUUGAAAUGUUUCGACGAUGUGUAACAUCACUGGUGCAAACCGCAGGAACUAACGCGCUUUCCGGAAGUGUGCCAAAUGUGACUUCACGUUUUCUAUUCAAACGUACGGUGCAUCUAGAAAAUAAUGGGAGACCACCAAAAAUUUUAAUAACCGGUGGCCUUGGGCAACUGGGUAUUGAAUGUGCAAAACUGCUCCGAUCACAAUAUGGCGACUCAAAUGUUAUACUCUCUGACAUAAUUAAACCCAGUCAAACAGUGAUUGAAAGUGGACCAUACAUUUUUGCAGAUAUAUUGGAUUUUAAGGGUUUGCAGAAAAUUGUUGUAGAUCAUCGUAUUGAUUGGCUCAUACACUUCUCUGCACUGCUAAGUGCUAUAGGUGAACAAAACGUUCCACUUGCGGUGAGAGUCAACAUUGAAGGCGUACAUAAUGUCAUUGAACUCGCCAAACAAUAUAACUUACGUAUCUUUGUUCCAAGUACUAUUGGAGCGUUUGGUCCAGAUAGUCCACGGAAUCCAACACCGAACGUCACGAUUCAACGGCCACGGACAAUUUAUGGCGUUUCAAAAGUUCAUGCCGAACUGAUCGGAGAGUAUUAUUAUCAUAAGUUUGGUUUAGAUUUUAGAUGUUUACGCUUUCCAGGCGUCAUUUCUAGUGACCCACCAGGUGGCGGCACAACUGAUUAUGCUGUUGCAAUUUUCCAUGAAGCUCUACGCACUGGGAAGUACACUUGCUAUUUGAAGCCUGAUACACGGCUGCCUAUGAUGUACAUUGAAGAUUGUCUAAGAGCUUUACUUGAAUUUAUGCGUGCGCCAUCGGAACAAUUAAAACGAAGAGUUUAUAAUGUAACUGCUAUGUCUUUUACGCCAGAGGAAUUGGUCGAAAAAUUAAGUAAAUAUGUGCCUAACUUGCACGUCACUUAUAAGCCGGAUAGCCGGCAAUCUAUCGCAGAUUCUUGGCCGCAAGUAUUUGACGAUUCGGACGCAAGACGUGAUUGGAAUUGGAAACAUAAAUAUGAUGUGGAUAAUUUGGUAGAGUUCAUGGUGAAGGAUGUACAAGAAAACUAUAUUAAUGUGGAGAAUGCCAUUUCGCGUGCCUCAGCCAAAAUUUAGAUAGAUAAUUUAUUAGCCAAUGAAGUUGCAUUUAUUUUUAAACACCAAAUUUAGUAUUUCUUAGAUUACCUUUAUCAUGUAUUACACAAAUGGUUUGAAUUAAUACAAAUUUUACAUU